AUGGUACACGCAACUAUAGUGCUAAGUGAUUUCCAACAACAAGCACUGGAUGAACACAACUAUUACCGACAGCAAAUGCAUUGUACGGGACCGAUGAUAUUGAAUGUAUCAUUGAAUGUCAUUGCAGAGAAUUACGCCCAGUAUCUUGCUGCCAACAACAUAUUCAGUCAUAGUCUGACGCCGGGGCUUGGUGAGAAUCUUUACUAUUCGUAUUCAUCGGCAGGCAUCAAUUCCAUGAAUGGCUCUAUCCCAACCACGGCUUGGUAUAGUGAAAUUGCUAUGUAUAACUUUAGUUCACCGGGUUUCUCAUCAGCUACUGGACAUUUCACUCAAGUAGUUUGGCUUGGAUCAACACAGUUGGGAAUUGGAAUCGCAUUAACUAGUGAUAACCGAACAGCCUAUGUUGUAGCCAACUAUUAUCCACCAGGGAACUACCUUGGCCAAUUUGCCACUAACGUUCUUCCGGUAUGCAAUUCGAGCACAGUUGCCAACAAUGUUUCCACUAUAGUCACUACUACUGCGACUUCAACAACACCUUCGGUUGUAUCAACAACUUUGCCAGGUAAUGGCAGUUCAAUGAUCGGUUCAAUUGUAUUGAGUAGUUUCCAGCAACAGGCUUUGGAUCAACACAACUAUUACCGACAGCAAAUGCAUUGUACUGGGCCAAUGAUAUUGAAUGCAUCAUUGAAUGUCAUUGCAGAGAAUUACGCCCAGUAUCUUGCUGCCAACAACAUAUUCAGUCAUAGUCUGACGCCAGGACUCGGUGAGAAUCUUUACUAUUCGUAUUCAUCGGCCGGUAUCAAUUCAAUGAAUGGCUCUAUCCCAACCACAGCUUGGUAUAGUGGAAUUGCUAUGUAUAACUUUAGUUCACCGGGUUUCUCAUCAGCUACUGGUGCUUUCACUCAAGUAGUCUGGCUCGGGUCUACACAGUUGGGAAUCGGAAUCGGGUUAACCAGUGAUAACCGAACAGCCUAUGUUGUAGCCAACUAUUAUCCACCAGGGAACUAUCUUGGUCAAUUUGCUACUAAUGUUCUUCCUGUAUGUAAUUCAAUGUCAUAUUCGACAACAACAACAAGCAUUCCAGCAACAGUUACGUCCAUGUCUCAAUCAAACUCGAGCUGGACCACCACGGCCACUUCAACUGGAAGUGUAGCGUCAACAAGUACUGGUGUCAUUCUCAAAGGACGUGGAAGUGAACGAUACUUUAGUUACCCUCACUUCGGCUGGUAUGUUGAGCCAUUGGAAUGCACUCAUUUUUCAAGAUACGGUAUGCAUGGUUUACAUGUCAGAGGUUUUCCAAACUUGAUUCCACGAGACGUCCUUUAUGAAUCACUCGAAGCAACUCCGCUAGCAAGUGCAAGCUCGAAUACAACAAUUACUUCAACACCAAGCGUGAUCUCAAAUACAACAGUUACUUCCACACAAAGUGUGGGUUCGACAACAACUAUGAGUACAUUGGGCAACGGUGGGUCGACAACUUCUAGUACAACAGCAUCAAACGCUCUUCCCUUCAGUAAUGGAAGUACGACACCGGUUGUCGGAUCUACCACGAGCGCUGUUACAUCAUCCUUAGCGACUACACAAGCAGGGACGACCCAGCUCAAAAAUUCGGGUGAACGUGUGCAUAGCUCUUAUGCUGAUCGCUUCCUGAUUUUCAUCGUUUCGCUCUUGCUUGUUUCUUGGUUUUGA